UAGAACAGGCAGUCAGUAUCGCUGUCGGAGAUCAAAAAUAAUUCUGAGAGUAGCAAACGACAAGUGCUUACUUUGAUCUCCGUGUUGGCAUUGGUCUGCGAGUCGCUCUCCGGGUCUCUUUCUGACCUACUCUACAUGUAGCUAAAUGCCAUUUCAAAUAGUUCCGCUGCAGCGGCCGGCGUCCGACGCUGGCGAAUUGGUCCAAUGACACCACUUCGUUGAGUUAGUGUUACUUACAAGGGGAAGAGCACACUACUGCUAGCCCACUUGGCGGAUUUGAAGAUAAAUCACCUUAUGCAAUCCCUAGGCUAGACUGGCGGAAAACAAAGGAACUGAAGCUUCUGCACGAAUGGCAAGGAAGGGAGUGUAGUGUUUGCGAAAGCAGCAUAACGCUUCCUCUCGCUGGUGAAGAACACUAGACCUGCGCCUUUGCCUUUGGAGGGCAAGAACCGUGUGCGUCGGUGGUUUAGUCAUGGACAGCGGACGACUUCUAGCGCUGUUCUCUGUCAGUGUGUUGUGCAGCACUGUGCAUGUGGCGCUGAGUGCCGAGAGUGGCACGUCGUUUACGGCCCAGCUAUCUGGCGUCCUUUCCAGUCGUCUGGAUCAAGGUGGCCUGACGUAUUGUGUUCAUCAGGAGCUAGGUCCAGCAGCUAAAUUCAUCAGUGCGCUAUCUCUGGAUGUUCCUGAACACGUGUCCAAAGUUCGUGUGUUUCUCGAUUCUACCAGCCAGUACCUAUACCCGGUGCCAAGCUCCUGCCCAGCAUUUAGCAUUCACAAUGGCCAGCUAUUAUUUGUGUGGCAUCCUGGCUCCUCAAAGCAGCUUCUUUUGGCCAAAGUUGGUGCUGGCGAUGCCGGAUUUCCAGUACCCAAAAGUCGUCAGUUUGUGCUGCUGGAAGUCACCUAUAUGCCAACAUCUCCUGUACCUUCUGCUCUGCCCAAGGUCUCUGCUAACCUUCUUCUAUCAGACCUACAACAUACAUGGACAAGCGGAAUUGCCACAGUCAAUGCCAAAGUGAUGCAUGAACAAGCUGUAGGACGAGACCACGUGAUAAGCGCCUGCCAGUAUAAGCAGCAGAGCACACUUCAACCGAUACAGGUGUACUGGGACGCAUCAGCAGAAGUCACCCACAUCAACUUGUAUGUCAUGGAUCAGCGGAAGCACACGAGCAAGAUUGCCACGGUGUGGAGAAAUCCGGCUGGUGAGCUCGCAGUGUCCAAACUGCCGGCCAAUGCAGAUGAACUGAAAGCGCGCAAUUUCAUGGCAAUCAAGUGCUUCUUCAAUUCGUCACAGGCUCGGAAGCCUCUCCAGUGCUCGGCUAAUGUACUGUAUGAAGCACGCUGGCCUGCUCCGAUCCACUUUUACUGUAAUAACACAUUCAACACUCCACUGAAGGGCACUCCGAUGAAGGCAACGACAGAGACGGGCGGAUCACAUCGAGCUAAGGAAAUUGAUAAUCCCCUGCUAGAUAUGAGAGACACCUACCGAGAUCCGAUAAGCAGUCACUUUGCGGAGAUCGACUGGAUGCAGGAGUCCGGCGGCGUGCUGCCUGCAACCAUGGGUGGCAGUAGCAUUGGCCCGGUGUCUGGCGUGGCUGUCAACCCGCUGAACAGCCAUGUGCUGGCCGUGCACACGUCCGACAAGAGCAUGCAGGGAAAAUUGUUCAACGCCAAUGGCAUCUACCUGUUUGCAGAUGAAGGCCCCAUUGCCGGCGAUGCUGUUCUUGAGCUCGAUCCACGCACUGGUGAAGUCAUCAAGAGCUGGGGAAAAAACUUCUUCUAUUUGCCACAUGGAAUCUUUGUAGAUCAUCUUGGUAGAGUCUGGAUAACUGACCGAGCCAAACAUCAGGUGUUUGGUUUUCGGCAGGGCCUGGAAAAGCCGUUCCUGACCCUCGGCGACGAGUUCAUACCCGGCACUGGGGACUAUCAGUUCUGCAAGCCAACUGACAUCGCCGUGUCCAGCAGUACUGGAGCUGUGUUCAUUGCAGAUGGACACUGCAACUCUCGCAUCCUCAAGUACUCCGGCUCGGGCCAUCUUCUUGCAAACUGGGCGCUGAGAGGUGCAGAUCGUAGCUCAGUGCUGCACAGUAUCGCCCUCUCUCCGGGUGAUGACCUGGUCUGCUUCGCCGUCAGCACCUCAUCAGAAAUCUACUGUGUCGACCAGUUCUCUGGUGCGCUGAUGAAGUCAUUCAAGAACGCUGAGCUGCCGGUGCCUGCUGACGGUAUUGCCUUUGGAGCUCACUGGUCCAAUGGACACAAUGUACUCCAUGUUAUUGGCGGGGGAUCACAUGGCAAUCCGGUCACAGGUAUCUCUCUGGACUUCACAAGCAGCAAGAUACUGGACAAGUUUACGCCGGCUAUCAAUGCUCAGGGCUUGUCAGUGGCUCAUGAUGUAGCAGUAUCGAAGGAUGGACUUGAUCUUUUUGUUGCCAACCUUGCCUUGGGAAAGGUGUUGAAGUUUACCCGGCGAUCUCCAUUUGAUGUUACAAAGAAGCCUGCAGUAGAGGAACCAGUAUCUACACCUGCUGAUACCGAAGUGGCUCUCACCACAGAUGAUGCAGAUGAAAAGGCAGUUCCAACCAAUGGAGCGGCACACCAUAGUAGUGUGAGCUCACACGAAGCAGCAAUCCACAAGACUACAGGGGAGGACAGCUCCAAGUCAGCAACCAGUGCAACAGCUGAGGAAACUGUGGACCCUGUCAGCAGUCCCAAAAGCGGUGACACGAGCGAAACUGCUGGUAGCGAAACAGAGCUAUCAUCUGAUAACACGAAAACUGCUGUCAAAGAUGGCAGCAGCAGCAGCAGUAGUAGUAGCAGUAGCAGCAGCAGUAGCAGCAGCAGUAGCAGUGGAAACCCAAGGCCAUCGGGCACACAUGUGCAGCCUGGCAGCAGCUCUAGCAGCGCGAAUGCAGGUAGUACUGAUGGUCAAAGCACAUCCAGUGGAUCUACUCACAAUCAGAAAACACACCCAGGAAACAACAGCAUAAACAGCAGCAGCAGUACCAGUGAGGAAGAUGAUGCUACAAGUAUGGAUGCUGAGUCCAGUGCCAAUCAUCUGAAGCACCCGCACCGCCUGCACACAUUCAUGCCAAGCCAGGGCAAUCACCUGCACCUCACGAUGCCAAGGAUCAAACUAGCACUGCCCAUCCAACCGAGGCCAAGCCGAAAAAGACGAAACCGCUCUCGGGUGCUCAAACUAUUGCCGUCACUGUCAUCGGCGCGUGCAUCGGCGUAAUUGUUUUUGCGGUUGUUGCGCGGCUGUACAUCGCGUACCGACGCCGAAGACGUUUCCACCGUAAGCUAUUCCCGGAGGAGUACGGUAACAAGGGUUCCAGGAAGGUUCUUCUAGAGCCCGGCUCAGCGACUGGCUACAAGGACGGCAAUGAAGAGUACGACGAGAGUGACACGGAGAACGAUGCCCUGGGUGAUCAGACUGCAUUCCGGUACUAUUGGAAGAAGAUAGCCAAGCAGGUGACGUGAUCUCCGGCAUGCCAUGAUUAUUAACUCAACCCGCUAAUGUUGUUUCGUGUAUAAUCCAUCCGGAUCUUGACUACGCUGUCCGCAACCAGGGACCGAUAUUGAUACCUUCAUGAUUCAAAUGAUUUUCACUAUCAUGCUGUGUACAGCUGACGCAGACUUUCAAGAACAUAGCAGCCGAUAUUUACGUGAUACUCUCAAGCUACCGAAACUGCUGGUCCCCUGUACAUGUUCUUGAGAACAGUGGAUUUUACUUUUUACUCUGUUGAGAUGAGUGUACGAAUAGCCCUAGAUAAAUUCUUAGUUAUACAGCAGUAGUAAGUCAGAUGAAGAAGAGAGAGAGAGAGAGAGAGAGAGAGAGAGAGAGAGAGAGAGAGACUCGGAGAGAGAGAGAGAGAGAGAGAGAGAGAGAGAGAGAGAGAGAGAGAGAGAGAGAGAGAGAGAGAGAGAGAGACUCGGAGAGAGAGAGAGAGAGAGAGACUCGGAGAGAGAGAGAGAGAGAGAGAGAGAGAGAGAGAGAGAGAGAGAGAGAGAGAGAUUGAUAAGUGCAGACUGCAUGCAUUGCUGUGAAGUAUGAAGAUUGCAUUGCAUACCAUGUUGAUAGGUACGGUGGAUCGUGCAGUGUGUGCGUGCGCGCAUUUAUUUGUGGCGUAUAUUACGUGGCUCGCAUAACUGAA